CUUUACACUUAGCCUUCCCAACUUUCACAGUUCUGUUACAAUGUCUUCAACAUCAGUCUUAUCGAAGACGCUUCAGUCCAUUACCGACACCAAGAUUCGCGAAUUGGAGAAGCAGCGGACUCAAUACGAGAGCCGUAAGACGAAGAUCCUCGAGGAGGCCAAAGAAUACGCCGACCAGGGCGGUCGUAUCAGCUGUUUGCUUCACGGAGUCAAGGAGCUUUACUCAAAGGGACACAACGACGAUCCGAGCAUCGACAAUAUCGACAAUUUACUGGCUCAGUCCAAAUAUGACACGUCGGUGCCUCCCUCGAUAUUGCAGGCGUCUGAGGACCUGUUGAGGUCCAAGCUCGACGUGCAAAGCCAUAAGCUCAGCAUGGCUCACCUGUACUCACGAUUUGUCACCGAAUGGAUCAAUCCUGGAAGUCCCAUGGAGGGUACAGACGCCGCCCAGCUGUCGAAGGAAGACUCCUCAUUCGAAGUCAUCGACCACCAAAAGGAGCUUCUCCAGAACCUCCGUGACCAGUUCGAGAAGGUAGUGUUCACACCAUUGGAGACCGACGAAGCGGAAAUCAAUGCCUAUCUGGCCAGUAUAUUCAGCACAAGAGAGAGUGAAAAGGCGCUCGAGGAUGUGCGGCAACGAGUCGCGCAAUCAAGCAAGAACUUCCUCCAGAGAACGAGCCCGUUUAACAAGACCACGCUGAAGAUGUGUAUUGCCAGCCUCCUCCAGCAGGAUCUCCUAAGCGACGAGAAGCAGGCGAUCCUACGCGAGUUCGAUUCCAACGAUGUGGUACUACGGGAGAUUGCCGAUGUCUUGAACACGCGAUUCGCCGACUUUGACAACUGGGAGUGGGACGCCGGCGAGGAGGGAGUAUCGUACCUCCCGCGCCAGCAGGCCAAUGGGAAGUACCGCAUCUGGAUGGACGAAGAUGUGCUGCAGGUAAUCUUCAUCCACUGGGUCGGCAUCAAGGGCUGCGUCAGUUUGAAGGAGACCCUAACGAGGCUCGUUUCUCUGGACGGACCCGACCAAGUCUGGAGGUGGCACGCCGAGUCACCCGCGACUGAGUGACAAAGCCAGAGGCGGGCGUAUUAUCUCGACACACCCACACAAAUCUCUGAUGAAUCCUCGCGUUCAGCAACAACGGGGUGGACCAGGGGUACCAGGGGGCGCGGAAGGGGUGGAAGGCUGGCAUCUAUACG